AUCAGAGGAUGAUGAUAAGUGCCUGCUACUGUGAAGAACCCUCAGUUCACCCUUUUUAAGGGAGAUUUGACUCCUUCGCCUGCUUGUGUUGUUACUUUUAAACAUAAAGGAUCAGUUUUCUGUGUAAUGCUGGAUGGGGAGGUUUGGAAUUAGUUCAGAAAAUUAUUUUUUACUUUGAAGGCCCUUUCUCUCCUGUGUGAUCAUGCUGGCAUUUCUGUAUCAAAAGGGUUGUACUGUCAGCAAUUACUGUGAGCCUUGUCUCCAUCCAGGCUUUGAAUCCAGUGAACUAUUGAAUAGGCAAAUAAAACCGGCUCGUUCAGGAAGAUGGAAUGAAGUAUCUGACUGAAUUUCUAAUUUCAUUAGAGGGAAGAUUGAGACAGGGUGUAAACAUCAAGAGGAGAUGAAUCGCUUUAUGCUCAACCCCUAACAUGACUGAAUUUGCAGGGAGAUCAGUGGAGAGCAACCCCCAGCCUUGCUGCAAGGCCCUUCACCUGCAAUGCAGUGCUGUGCAGCUGCAGCUAGGUGGUGGAGGCAAAUCCCUUUUCUCUCUCACUCUUGCACAAAGCUUUGCUGCGUUUGAGAAGAACCAGCCCCUCUGCUUGUCCUUGAUGUCCCCCUCUUCCUGACCAGUGUGGCAGCUGGGUUUUAAUGGCUCUUUCCAAAACUGUUGGGCUGUCUUCAGGAAUAUCUUUAUCAAUGGGAGGCCGUGCUUCAUGCAGACCCGACACUCAGCAUCGGGGCCCUGCUGCUCAUUCAGAGAAUGAUAUUCCAGAGCAAGAGGAAGAAAUCCUGGGAUCAGAUGAUGAUGAACAAGAGGAUCCAAAUGAUUACUGUAAAGGUGGUUAUCACCUGGUGAAAAUAGGAGAUCUCUUUAAUGGACGAUACCAUGUGAUUCGGAAGCUUGGAUGGGGCCACUUCUCCACUGUGUGGCUAGCUUGGGACAUCCAAGGGAGGAGAUUUGUGGCAAUGAAGGUGGUGAAGAGUGCAGAGCACUACACAGAAACAGCACUGGAUGAAAUCAAGUUGCUAAAGUCGGUCCGCAACAGUGAUCCCAAUGAUCCAAGUAAAGAGAGAGUUGUUCAGUUAUUAGAUGACUUCAAGAUUUCAGGAGUUAAUGGGUCUCAUAUCUGUAUGGUGUUUGAAGUUCUAGGGCAUCAUCUUCUGAAAUGGAUCAUCAAGUCAAAUUAUCAGGGGCUCCCACUCCCUUGUGUCAAAAAGAUCAUCAAACAGGUUCUUCAGGGUCUGGAUUACUUGCACACAAAGUGUCGAAUCAUUCACACUGACAUUAAACCUGAGAACAUUCUCCUGUGUGUGAACGACCAGUACAUCCGCAGGCUGGCUGCAGAAGCAACAGAGUGGCAAAGAUCUGGGGCUCCCCCACCAUCCGGCUCUGCAGUGAGCACUGCACCACAGCCAAAACCAGCUGACAAAAUGUCAAAGAAUAAGAAAAAGAAGUUGAAAAAGAAGCAGAAACGACAGGCUGAGUUGUUAGAGAAGAGAAUGCAAGAGAUAGAAGAAAUGGAGAAGGAAGCAAGCCCUGGGCAGACGCAGCCUGAAGAAGAGGAAGAAGCUCAGAGCCCUCUGGAAAUGCUCAUAAAAGUUAGCCCACCAGAAGAAAAUGCCAGCAAAAAGACAGCUGAAGUUGUACAGGAGCAAUCUGUUCUAAUGGAAAGCAGUGUGGAAAAAUGCUUAACAGAAAUAAACUGCAAUGGAGUAGUACAAAUGGCGGAUUUCCCAGAAUCUGGCAAUCAAGGAUCUGUGCGAGUUGAGGAUGACCUUCAUAACGCCAAUGACUGUGGUGAUCAUGCUCUUACCCAGAAGAAGGAGAACUUGCAUAGUUGUGAUUACAGUCAGCGUAACGGUGACUUGGAGAAUAGGCCUCAAGAAGCAAUGUCGGACUCCUUUGUGCCCUUAGCUUCAGAAGAUUCCAUGGUGUGUCAGCCCACGUCCAGCGAAGAGCAAUCAUUCAGUGAGCAGGAGAUUAAUCAUUUGCAAGAAAGCAUCCGAACAGAAAUACCUUCAGAGGAUGAGAAUGAGAAUAAUAACCCAUCAGACAGCAAAGGAAAAUCAACUGCUGGGAAUUUCCUUCUUAAUCCUCUUGAGCCCAAGAAUGCAGAUAAGCUCAAAGUGAAGAUAGCUGACCUAGGAAAUGCCUGCUGGGUGCACAAGCACUUCACUGAAGACAUCCAGACAAGACAGUACCGAUCCUUGGAGGUGUUGAUAGGAUCAGGGUAUAACACCCCUGCUGACAUCUGGAGCACAGCAUGUAUGGCCUUCGAAUUAGCAACAGGGGACUAUCUGUUCGAGCCUCAUUCUGGGGAGGAUUACUCACGGGAUGAAGAUCACAUUGCUUUGAUCAUAGAACUUCUGGGGAAGAUACCUCGCAAGCUCAUUUUGGCAGGAAAAUAUUCCAAGGAGUUUUUCACCAAAAAAGGUGACCUGAAGCACAUAACUAAACUGAAGCCCUGGGGCCUUUUUGAAGUCUUGGUGGAAAAAUACGAGUGGUCCCAAGAUGAGGCAGCUGCAUUCACAGACUUCUUAUUACCUAUGUUGGAGCUGAUCCCAGAGAAACGAGCUACAGCAGCAGAGUGUCUCAGGCACCCCUGGCUUAACUCCUAGAAGCUUCAGCCCAAUGCCACAGCACUACACUCUGGUUUACAGCAUAGCCUACAUGCACCCAGCUGCCCCUUCCCCAGAUCUUCUUUUAUCCUUUUUCAUUUUCGGUGUGAAGCUCUUCCUUCAAGGCUUCCAAGAUUUUAGAUAAAUCUAACCUGUUCUGCUGACUUUGCUUGUGUGAUUCCAUGGGGACUCUCCUCAGCCACUGGGCAUCAUCUGUGUUUUGCCUUGAUUGGGCUCUGCCAAAGACUGAUUGAGUACAAUAUGAAGUUUUUCCUGUGAGUCUCCUCACUGUUAUGUCCCACGUGUUACAGCUCAGCUGUGCUCAGUUAAGCUCCCUUAGCUAAAUUUCAACUCUCUUCCCAGGGGAGGGGUGUGAAGAUGUGAACACCCCUUAUCUCCCUGACUCAGGAGUCGAUUUCCCACUGUUGAUCCAGAAAUGGGGUGAGAAAUAACAGAUGGCACCAAGGUGGUGUUAGUUCCUUGUAGAGCAAAGGUCUUAAAAUCCUCCAUAGUUGUCGAGGUGCCUGCUGCAUUCUUUGCUUUCCACUCACAUAAUUUUAGUUCUAGUUGCUUAAACCUUUUAAAAAGAGCUAUUUAAACCUAGGAUUUAGCAUCCUUUAGUUCUUCCUCCAAAGUGUCCUGCUCCUUUACUUUAUCUUUCCCUGUGCCCAUAUAGAAUAGUUUGUGAACUCGGUGACGUUUUCUACUGCAAUGCCUGUGCCUCAAAGGUGACAAGCAAAAGCUGGAACUGACUCCACGCACAAUCCUCAGCAUACAGAUGGGUGCACCCUUUGGGUGUAGAGAGGGAGCCUUGUUGCAGGCAACUCUUGAAGCAUUUUAGUGAGCUGUAAAGGUUUUUUUGUUGUUGGUUGUUUUGUUGGGUUGUUUUUUAAUCCCUUAGUGGCACUUUUUUGCCUUGCUUGAGGCAGCUGCUGUAUCCAUGAGGCUUUCACUGAGGCAGUUUACUCUGGCCUUUAAUUUCUGACCAUUGUCUUUUUUCCCAAGUGGCAUCUGUAUGACAGCCACAUCAUAGCUCUUGACUUUCCAACACUUGAAGGCCCAAUGUAAAAACCUUUUUUUUUCUUUUGCUUGCUUCAGGUGCUGGCCUUCAGAAAAAACUUCCCAGGAUGGGACUGCCUUUUAUUUUCUGGGCCAUUAGCACAAGGAGAGGUAGCAGAAGUGGACUUUCUCCAUGUAGAACUGGAUUAGAAGCUGUUUCUAGAGUUACCCCAAGCCCAAAUGUUCUAUGGGGUUUCUGUAUAAGCUCAGAGGGGGUUGGAUAUAGUGAGGAAAUGGGUUAAUUUUAAUUAAAUCACUGUGGCAUUUGAUAGUUUUAUGAUGGCUUCCUUCUAGACUUGCUGAUCCUAUUACAGAUUCAGUGCGUCCUACUCUAAAACAAGAUUUGGCAGCAUUGAGACUUCAGAAGCACUUCCUUACCCCUGGACCAAACAGGCCUUUGGAUUUGUGGUGGCUUUCAGAGGCCAGAAGUCACAGCAGGAAAAUGAUGGAGGCCACGUAGAUGCAAUCCAAGAGGAUUACACAGCCAAGGCUGCCCAGACCACUGUUAAUGUGUGGCUUCUGUACGAGUGUUUGGGAAUCUGUUUUGUAAGGAUCAUUGAUCCAUAAACCUUGGUGUCAUUUAAUCCACUUGAAAAGAGUUUCUCUGGUCCAGUGCCUGAUUGGGCUUAUAAUGCAAAUCAUGCUGCAUGUUCUUCUAGGGGUAGAUCAGGUUCUCUAUGCAUAUAAUCUAAAAUUAAAGGAAGUUCAUAUACCAAAAGAGUUUUAACCUGCUGGUUUGACUUUCUCACUUUCACCUGGAAUUCUCCAGUUGUGUGUUCUUCCAUACCUGUUACAGAAGGACUGCAGACAGGACUGGGUUCCAGAAUACCUGCUCUCUGCAUACUGUGAAGAUACAUUGACAGGGCAAACAAUUUCUGUUGUCUGGAAAGCUCACCUGGUCCUGUGUGCUUGAGACUGGCCCAUUAAAGAUCUUUUUCUAGAAGGGAUCUGCACCUUCAGCUCCAAGAGUUCCUUCCCUCUGCCACACCAGACUGGAGGAGGAAGGUUCUUCCCAUGAUGGCUAAGGCUAGAGCCAGCUUGUGAGUUGAAGACCUGCAGAAGCCACUGUCAGGAUUCAGUCUUGUACCGUGCACUCAUUUGCUUGGGGUUUGUUAAAUCUCCAAACUGCCGUAAAGUGCUCACACUAAAGGAUUUGUACUUGCUGUGUCAGUCUAAAACCUGAAGGAAAAUACAUUUUUAUUCUUUCUA